GCGGCUGAGGCGGCGGCUGAGGCGGCGGCGGGGCCGGGCUCCUUUUCCCUUCCCUCGUGGUGGUGCGGCGGCCAUGGCCCGGAACACGCUGUCCUCGCGCUUCCGCAAGGUGGACAUCGACGAGUUUGACGAGAACAAGUUCGUCGACGAGCAGGAGGAGGCGGCGGCGGCCGAGCGGGGCCCCGACCCCGGGGAGGUGGACGGGCUCCUGCGGCAAGGUGAUAUGCUCAGAGCUUUCCAGGCAGCCUUACGAAACUCUCCUGUUAAUACGAAGAAUCCAGCCGUGAAGGAACGUGCCCAAGGAGUCGUCCUCAGAGUUCUCACCAACUUUAGAAGCAGUGAGAUCGAGCAGGCCGUUCAGUCCUUAGACAGUGAUGGGAUUGACUUGUUAAUGAAGUACAUUUAUAAAGGAUUUGAAAAGCCUACAGAAAAUAGCAGUGCCGUCUUACUUCAGUGGCAUGAAAAGGCCUUAGCGGUAGGUGGAUUAGGUUCCAUAAUAAGAGUUCUUACGGCAAGAAAGACUGUUUAAAAAUUAUUAACUUUACGUCAAGAUGACAAGAACGGUUUGGACCCAAGACGACGAUGGAACUAGCCGAAUGACAGUGGGCCUAUCUUUCUAGAAAUUACAAUCUAUUAAACUGUUUGGGAACACUUGUUUGCUGAAACGCUUUUUAUUUUAGAGGUGGAGGGAAAAAAAAAAUCACACGUCUUGCUCUGUUUUUUGGAAACCUUCUGCAGGAUCUGCCGUCCCCUCUUCCUUUGUCUAAGUAUCAUACGGAAUGGACUUAAAAUGUAGAUUGUACAUUAGAGAGAGAGAGAGAUAAGCGAUGCCCAGGACCACCUACGAGUGGUUAUGUCUUUGGCAGAGGCAGUAUUUUGACAAAUGUUGUGGAGGAAGGCGGGUUUGUUCAGGAAUAUUCUUUCUAGAGGUGGUGGAAGCUGAGGGGUGGGUGGGGGGGACUUGGUUUUAUUGCAAAGUGCCUACUGCAUCAACCGAGCUCUGGCCGCGUUACUUUUUUGGUGCGUCUUGCGAAAGGGCAGAGGAUGUCGCCGUACGGAGACAGGUGAAUUAGAACUAAUCCCCGCGAGGAUUAGACGGGUGGAUUUGUUUUUAAAAUCCAUGGAGCUAGUCCGUGGUUCACAGGCAUUCUUAUUUGAACUUCACAGCAGCUGCUGGGUAAGCAACGCAUUUGAGUCUCGAUCCCUAAGCUGCAGUGGCGCUGAUUGCAGUUUGAUGUUUUACUGAAUAUUUAUUGUUCCUUUCUUACCACUCUUGGUUUUUCUCGUAUGUACAUUUUGAAAUUUAAGUUAAUAAAGUGCCAAACAUAUUUAAUACAC